UGCUACGCGUUAGAAAUGCGUAAAUAAAGCUGUAUAAAAUGGUAAAUCUUUGGUCAACAGACUUUAUAUUUUUUAUUGCCCUUAUUUGCCUUAUUUAUGUUGGUUUGAAUCUGAUUAUGCUGAGUAUACAGCCACUACUCAGUGUAAAAGGGUUGGCCUUGCAUAAAUACACUUACACUUUUAUUUAUUGUUUGAUUGUUUGAUUUUGUUCAGUUGAUCAUUUGACGUUCAGAAGCAAAGAAAAUCAUUAAAUUUGUCCGCUCGAAUUUGCAACAUGUGUUUGCCGUGCAGGCGAAUGACACCUACAAGCCGUAUUCUCCGGCAUAAUUUGCGACAUAUUCUCCAAAAAAUGGGACAUUUUGCUUUUUUUUAUCGAUAAACGAAAAUAAGAAUACUUGAUGGUGACGAUAAAAUGAAAAACAAUAAUUUAACUUGGAAAAAUUUAAAAAUAUUUAAUCUACA